AUGGGGUUCGUGAUCCUUCCCGCGCUGGUACCGGACAUUAGCGCCGUGUACGAUGUAUACUUCGCAGCCUUCAAGGACAACGCACUCACGCGCGCAUUGUUCCCCUCGGCUACCGAGAAGGACUUGACGGACGCGAAUUCGGAGUUUCGGCAGGCUCACACCGCUCAUGUCACGGAGUAUUGGAAGACAAGUGCAACGCAAUAUACGUUCAAAUGCAUCGACACCGAGACUAACAAGAUUGUUGGGAUGGCGCUUUGUGACGUAUACAUUACGCCGAGUGAUUGGAAGAAGGGUGAGAUCGGAUGGUUGGAGGGGAAAGAACGAGAACGAGCCGAGGCCCUUGUUAAGCCACUUUGGGAUACGAGGGAGAAGUUGUGGCUUAAUGAGAGGUACAUCUACUGCCACGUGAUGGCUGUACAUCCCGACUACCAACGGAAAGGUAUUGGUGAGUUAUUAUUCAAACGUGGGAUCACCAUCGCCCAGCAGACUGGUCUGCCCAUGUAUAUAGAGAGCUCCAAGGAAGGCGUUAAGCUCUACGAGAGAAUGGGAAGUCGAAAACUGAAGGAGAAGUUGGUCAAAUCCAACGAGACCAAUGACGCAGGGGAGAACGAGGAAUGUCCACUGUACGUCUGGUUACCGGAAGGCGGAGAGAAGAGAUUACCAAAGUCUGUAGAGCUGGCAUAA